AUGAACCUCGAAAAGCUAUCACACUUAAACAAGAAAAAAUACCAGAAGAUCCUCGAAAUGGGAAAGAAAAGAGCCGAAAUGAUUGAAGAAAAGAAAAGAAUAAAAGAGAAGAAAGAUAUGGAACAAUUAGCCAUGCGAGCAAAUAAAGAAAGACAACAAGACAUCACCAAGAGAUUUGUCAACCAGAAUGAAGACCUCAAAGAAGAGCUGUUGAAAAUGCAACGAAAUCCUGAGAAUUAUCUCAUCCCAAAAUAACCAUCGGCCAAUGGUAGAAGAGCUAUCAUCACUCGAUCAAGAGAGGGAGGCUAGAAAGAUUGAAGAGAAAAUCAUAGAGCAGAAAUAAAAAGGAAACUAUCCUGAUGUCAAACCAUCAGUCCUUUCAUCAGAGAAGCAAAUGAUGGUACAAUACAAACUCUAUGACGAAGAACAAAAAUGGAAAUUCAUGUAUAAGCAGGAGCAGAAACAUAACAAAGAUGAACAAGAAGAACAUCAAAGAAAAAGACAAAACCCAGCUAGAUUUGUUCCAAAAAAUGGCUAGAGAAGGGAAUAAAAGGCUUAAAAUAAAGAUGAAACACUUAAAAUCUCAAAAUGCGAUCUACCUCAACCCAGAAAAUCUCAACAGCAUGAGUAGGAACAGUAUGAGUCUCACAAACAACGCUCAGUCAAAGACCCAACCCCUGAACCCCACCUCUCUGCCCACUUUCACCCAAUCCCAGCUCCUCGACCCCAACCUGUCCCUUCCAGUCACCCAGACCCCCACUGAAAACACUAAGAAUUACAUCCAGUACAAUUCUUUCUUCGCCAAGUACAAAAAUGCAGGGCACAUCACCAAGCUUGACUCCAACCUCAAAUCCCGGUCGGCCAAUUUCCAGCCUAGCCCAGAACGAGGGCUUAAAGACCAGGACAUAAGCCGGUCGAGGAAUUUUGGAGUGGGGAGUAAGGACCAGGGGGUUUUGGAAAAUAGGGGAUUUGAAGGAAAUUUUAAGAAGAAGGAAAUUAGGAAACCCCCCUUGGGGAAAUUAGUGAGUACGAAACCGAAGAUUGUUGAGGAUAAAGCCAGUCUUGCUAGAAUUAAGACUUUGAUCAAGAAUUGAAAGUUAUCGAUUUAUUAUAAUGAAGAAAUGAAUCCCAAUGAGUAUAUGGGAAGAGGAUACCCUAAUUAUCAUGAUCCUGACUUGCAUGCUGAGAGAGAACGGAUAGCUGUUACCCCAGUUCAACCUGAUACUAGGAAUAAUGAAUUAACAUUUAUGGAAUCAAUAAAGGAGGAUAAGGGUCCAGGAAAAUUAUUAAAGCCUUGGAGCGAGAUACAAAAAGAGAAUGAAAAAUAAAUUAGCACAGAGUCAAGGAGGAUUAAUAUUUGCUAAAGGUACUAUAUUUCCUCAGAAAUUAGAUAAUUCACGUUCAAGAUCUGUAUCUCCCAAUCCCACAGACUCAAAUUUCACCUCAUUUUACUCAAAUUCAAAGCACUUGUACUCUCCAUUUUACUCUUAG